CCAAAGAGGGAUAAAAAGGAGAGGACUGAGCAAGGCAGAGGCAUGGAGGUGGGUCAGCUGCAGAGACGGUUGGUGGACUACACUAAGUCCUUGCUUACGGAGGGGAUCCUGGAUGAUCAAUUUUCACAGCUUCAGAAACUUCAAGACGAGAGCGACCCAGGUUUCCUUGUUGAAGUUGUCUCUCUUUUCUUUGAAGAUUCUGAGAAGCUUCUUAAUGAUAUCACCGGAGCUUUAGAUCAGCAGAGUGUAGAUUUCAAAACGGUUGAUGGAUAUGUUCACCAAUUGAAGGGAAGCAGUGCCAGCGUGGGUGCACUGAGACUCAAAAAUGCCUGCGUUGCUUUCCGCAGCUUCUGUGAGGAACAGAGCUUGGAAGGGUGCCUGAGAUCUCUGCAAGAAGUCAAGCAAGAGUACUACAAUGUGAAGAACAAGGUUGAGACCCUAUUCAAGAUGGAGAAACAAAUAGUAGCCGCUGGUGGGUCAGUUCCUAAGACAGAAUAGAGUUUCUGAGGUUACCGAAUUGGUGGAAGAGCUUGUCUAAUCUGGAAGUUUGUUGUAGGGAAGCUUUUUAUGUCAGUUCAUGUGAACAAUAAUACUUGUUACUUUAUGGUUCUCUUUAACUAAUAAUAAGCCUGUGCUUGUAUGAAUGAAAAGAAAGCUUUCCAUCCAAGUGUUACUUUUCAUUGUGAGAGUGGGAGAUGAAUUUGGUGGUUCUCUUUAAUU